GUGAAAAGGAAAAGUUUUUCACGCAAAAAGUUGUUACAGCAGCAGAAAAUUGAAUCAAUUUCCUUCCAAAUUCGCUCGGCAGUUACACUGGAUUGAAAAUUCGAGUAAUUUCGUGUGCGGUGCAAAGCUUUGCGGCGGAAAAAUGGAUUCUCUCGGGUCGGAAAUCGGCCAAAAGAUGAGGAGCGCUGUAAAGGCGAAACUCAUCGAGUUGGGGACCGGAUCUGCUAGUGGAUAUAUUGACGAUGAACUUCCGGACUAUGUGAUGAUCAUGGUAGCGAACAAGCGUUCCCGGCAGCAGAUGAUUGAUGAUUUGACGCUGUUUUUGGGUGCCCAGACGGAAGUGUUUGUCAACUGGUUACAUCAGGUGCUGCAGAAGCUGGAGGAGGUGACACUUCCGGCGGCGGCUGGUACUGCUGGAAAGGGUGGCAAGGAGCCAGCUGGGAAACGGAAGGCUAGUGAACAGAAAGAUAAAAAGGAAAAGAAAAAAGAUAAAAAGUCCAAGAAGAAAGACAAGACUCCGGAGCCCAAAGAGAAGGGAGAGGGAGCAGAGGAAGAGCAGCACACACCUCCACAUCCGGCGCAGCUCGGCGGGGUCAGCUCGAUUCAGGACGUGUUCGCCAAUCAGUUUAUUCAGAAUGCUAAGAAGACUAUGGAUGUUGAAGGGAACGCUCCGAAGAAGGAUCCACGGGUGAUGACCCCACCUUUGCAGGACAAUUCCAGUUCCAGAACGGGGAACGAGUUUGAUAUUCCGACGAUAUCAGAAAUAGCAGGCCAAAGUGCGAUGACGAAGCAUCAGAAGGAACUAUCAGAACUGGAGGAGAUACAGCAGAAAAUCAAGCAAGCAAAGAAGCAGCUGAGAUCAAUGGGUUCGGACGAGUCGGAGGAUGAAGAUUUUCUGAACAUCAAAGCAAAUGAUGACGAUUUGGAGAAUAUUGAAGAUGGUGGCUCGGCAGCAGCAGUAGCGAAGAAAAAAGAGAAGCGAAAAGCUCCAGUUGAGGUGGAAAAGAGUCAAGAAGAGGAAGAGGAGCGGAGUAAUACUCCGCCGCCGCCGCCCCUAGUGGUCGCGACGACCACGCCGAAGAAAAAGUCCAUAAUGGAACGAUUGGGAACUCGCCCGGAGCCAAAGGUGGUCACGGAACCGACGAAAGAAGCUCCGGUAAAUAAAUCCAACAUAAUCAGUCUUUCGGCACACAGAAGGGAAGAACGUGAACUAUAUGUGCCAGUAUUCCGUCGGAAGGAGAUGGAAGAACAGGCCAAAGCUCGGGAAGCUAGGUCUAGAGUUAACAGAAGUAGAAGCCGGGAAAGAGAACGAAGGCGUUCUCCACCAGUUCGUUCGCUUCGAAGGGAAAAUAGUCGAGAGCGGUCACGUAGCAGACGGGAUCGUGAACGGGAAAGAGAAAGGGAACGUGACCGAACUAGAAGUCGCGAACGAGGACGUGAUCGUGAUCGAGAAAGGGAGAGGAAUCGAGAUCGCUCAUCCGGGAAAGUCAAUAAUGGAACCGAUAUUCGCACACGAAUUGGAUCCAGGGUCAUUGUGCUUCCAGCGAAACCGGAAUAUAACGAGGAGGAUGAGCUGGAAGUGCCCAUUCCUAGUGUAAUAAAAAUUCAACCUCGCCCUCAGGUUCCGAAAAAUAAGCAGCCCAGUAAAAAUCUGCUACUGAAAGCGAUGGCCGAAGCGCAACGCUCAACUGCGGCGAAUCUAAAGAAGACGAUUAGUAAUCGUGAGGAAAGUUCUACCCGGCACCGACGAAUGCUGAUAGAAAUUCCUGGCGCCAAAGCCGAAGCAACUCCCCCGGUGGACGUUCGUUAUGAGUUCGAAGAUGAUGACGAUGAAGAGGACAUUGUCGAGCAUGUUCUUCGGGAUGACGACGUCGACGAUGAACUUGAGCAAAUUCUAAAUUGCAACGAUGAGUACAUCCCGGAACCGGUUGCUGUAGCCACUUCUGUCGCUUCUGAUACCGAUAGUGAUGGCUACGUUUAUGUUCCUUCAACGAAACUGGCCGACAACACGCAUCUCGAUCCAUCAGGAGACGAGUUUGAGGUGAAAGAUCCCGCUAAGAACCCUAAAUUCGUUGUCACCCUCGAUGGUGCGUACAAAAAGUCUUCUCGAGCUUCCCCCAGUCACACACCGCCUCCCCCAAGCAGCAAGUCGAAAAGCUCCAUCAAAGAUAGGAUCGGUCUCAAGGUGACCCAAAGCGAUCCCAGCACAACGCCCCCACGGGACCGCGACGACGAUGAACGCGCUCUUCAGGCAGCGCUUAUACGACGAAAAGAACGGUUCAGUAUCAAAAUACCGUCGAAGGAGGGCAGCCACAAGCGGGAAAGUUCCAAGUCUCCUGAGAAGCGUACUAAAUCGUCGAAAAAGUCUCCGAGCAAACGGGAGAAGCGCUCUGCAAAUGUCGCCAAUCGGAAAUCUUCGCCAAGCGAUUUGAACGAGCUACUUCUGCAGCGAACAAAAGAACUUCUGGUGGACGACAGCGUUUCGUCUUCACCGAUCUACAUGUCCAAGUCAGACUACGAGAAGAUCGAACCGAAUUCGUCGUCCCGCAAGAGGAAACGCGUCUCGCCGAUUCAAUUUGCGCUUACGGAUGACGAAGCUGAUGAUACGGAUGGCGAGUACAAUCACCACCGGGAUCGGGAUCACAGGGAACGGAAGUCAAUCGAACGAAUUGCUACUAGCGCUUUGGACGAGGACGGACGAAAGGACCAGCGUAGGGAUCGGGAAAGCGAACGGCGAACCGCUGAUGAUGAUCGAAGGAAGGCUAUCGGAAGCGGUAGUGCACCUGGUAAUGGCGACAUCAAGUCGCCCACCAAGAAAAUCAAGAAGCUAGAAUCCAGCCGGAAGUUUGACGAUAUUCCGCAAUUGCUCAGUUCGGUGUCCGUACCCUCGGAUGGCCUGUCGAAGAGCAAAGCCCUCAUCAAGGAACGUUGCAAGUACUUCCCGCUGUGCCGGCAGGGUGAUUCGUGUGAGUUUCUCCACCCGAGCACCAACUGCAAGGCGUUCCCGGCGUGCAAGUUCGGUGACAAGUGUCUCUAUCUGCAUCCGAUGUGCAAGUACGACAAAACCUGCCACCGGAUGGAUUGCAACUACAUGCACAGCAAACCGCUGUCAUCGCAUGUGCCUACGGCGCCUCCGUUGGCGUCUUCGGUAGUCCCCGUGCAGAACUACAAAACCAUUACAGCCAAGCCGCUGCCGUCGCUGUGCAAGUUCUACCCGGGAUGUACCAACGGUCUGUGUCCCUACUACCAUCCAAAGUUGUGCCGCUUCGGGAAGCACUGCAUGAACAAGGUCGAGUGCAACUUCUACCACUACGAACUGCCGGGAGGUCCGGAGCACCACGAGGUACCGCCGAAGGAUAAGUUCAAAUGGGUCUCCCCCUUUUCGGCUUAGUAGGUAUGAUUUAGGAUGGUUUGUUUCUUUUUUCGAUUCUCAUUCAGUACCUACCCAUCCAAUUAUUCUAAUUUCCGCGUAGAAUUCUCACUUUUGCCCAUGUACCUACCGCGUAUGCCUAAGGUUCGUAAGCAUAAAAUCUAUUUCCUAAGGUAAUUUGACGUGUUUUCUUGAUUGUUUUAAUAGUUCUAGUAAGUAAUAGUACGGAUAUAUUUAUUCUUAUUUAAAGCAGCAUUCGUGUUCUACAAAUUAGCUGUUGUAGAAUGGAAGCAAUAAGUUUCUCGGUAGAGAGAAAGCAUUCAGCAAAAGCAGAGAGCAAGAAGUGUAGGAAGAAAUAAUUUAGGUCAUUGUUCGAUGGACAUUAUGUUAAUGGAAAAGAAGUGUGUGAGUGAAAGAGACCCCAUUGUAAAUAGGCGUAAAUCAACUGCAUGGCAACGGGCUCAUUGUAAAACAAUACAGCUUUUAUUCGUAGGCAUAUGGAGAAUGCGUCCCAGGAUUUACGCUAAGCUCUUUUCUGUUUUUGAAAUGCAAAGAACACUAGUGUCGAUUUCUGUUUCAUCGUACAGUUUUAGUAGGGCAACAGCAAGUGCAAGAGUUUACGUAUCGAUAUCAGAUUGGAUGAUUCAUUACCAGCAAAUAUAAUCGAUUCAGCUAGUUGA